AUGGACUUAGCAGCAGACAGUGCUCCUGGCCGUCCGUGGCUCCCGCUGCACACUCGAUCGGUAUCUCAGCUCCUUCGAGUGUUCUGGCUGCUGUCAUUGCUCCCGGGGCCGGCCUGGGUCCGCGGAGCCGAGCAGCGCCAGGUGUUCCAAGUGCUGGAAGAGCAACCUCCAGGCACUCUGGUGGGCACCAUCCAGACGCGCCCUGGCUUCACCUACCGGCUCAGCGAAAGCCACGCCCUGUUUGCCAUAAACAGUAGCACCGGAGUCCUGUACACCACCGCCACCAUCGACCGCGAGAGCCUGCCCAGCGACGUGAUCAACCUGGUGGUCCUUUCCAGCGCGCCCACCUACCCCACUGAAGUGCGAGUGCUGGUGCGGGACCUCAAUGACAACGCCCCGGUUUUCCCAGACCCCUCGAUCGUGGUCACUUUCAAGGAGGACAGUAGCAGCGGGCGCCAAGUCAUUUUGGACACCGCCACCGACUCGGACAUCGGUUCGAACGGCGUUGACCACCGCUCCUACCGCAUCAUCCGGGGCAACGAGGCGGGCCGCUUCCGCCUGGACAUCACCCUGAACCCGAGCGGAGAGGGCGCGUUCCUGCAUCUGGUGUCCAAGGGCGGGCUGGACCGCGAGGUCACGCCGCAGUACCAGCUCUUGGUCGAGGUGGAGGACAAGGGUGAGCCGAAGCGGCGGGGCUACCUUCAGGUCAAUGUGACUGUGCAAGACAUUAAUGACAACCCCCCGGUUUUUGGCAGUUCCCACUACCAGGCGGGGGUGCCUGAGGACGCGGUCGUGGGCUCCAGCGUCCUCCAGGUGGCGGCGGCGGACGCAGACGAGGGCACCAACGCGGACAUCCGCUAUCGGCUGCAGGACGAAGGGACCCCCUUCCAAAUGGACCCGGAAACGGGACUGAUCACGGUGCGGGAGCCCCUGGACUUCGAAGCCCGCCGCCAGUACUCGCUUACGGUGCAGGCGAUGGACCGAGGCGUACCUUCCCUCACUGGGCGCGCCGAGGCGCUGAUUCAGCUGCUGGAUGUGAACGACAAUGACCCCGUGGUGAAGUUCCGCUACUUCCCUGCCACCUCGCGCUACGCCUCGGUAGAUGAAAACGCACAAGUGGGCACUGUGGUGGCUCUGCUCACCGUCACUGACGCAGAUUCCCCCUCGGCCAACGGGAACAUCUCGGUGCAGAUCCUAGGGGGCAAUGAGCAGCGACACUUUGAAGUGCAAAGCAGCAAAGUGCCGAACCUGAGCCUAAUCAAAGUGGCCAGCGCCUUGGAUCGAGAACGCAUCCCUUCCUACAACCUCACAGUUUCCGUCUCUGAUAACUACGGGGCGCCCCCUGCCGCAGCGGUCCAGGCGCGCUCUUCUGUGGCAAGCCUGGUGAUUUUCGUCAAUGACAUCAAUGACCAUCCUCCUGUCUUUGCACAGCAAGUGUACAGAGUGAACCUGAGCGAGGAGGCGCCUCCAGGAAGCUAUGUGAGUGGGGUAUCUGCCACCGAUGGCGACUCUGGUCUCAAUGCUAAUCUGCGUUACAGCAUCGUCUCUGGCAAUGGACUAGGAUGGUUCCAUAUCAGCGAACAUAGCGGCCUGGUGACCACUGGGGCUGCUGGGGGCUUGAACCGUGAACUUGCUUCCCAGAUUGUACUGAAUAUAAGUGCCCGGGACCAGGGAGUUCACCCUAAGGUUUCCUACGCCCAGCUUGUGGUAACUCUCCUAGAUGUGAAUGAUGAGAAGCCAGUAUUUAGCCAACCAGAAGGGUAUAAUGUGUCUGUGGUUGAGAAUGCCCCAACGGGGACAGAACUACUGAUACUCAGGGCGACUGACGGGGACCUGGGUGAUAAUGGAACAGUGCGCUUCUCCCUACAAGAGGCUGAGACGGACCAGAGGUCCUUCCGUCUGGAUCCUGUGUCCGGGAGGUUGAGUACUAUUUCCUCCUUGGACAGAGAGGAGCAAGCCUUCUACUCCCUGUUGGUUCUAGCCACAGAUCUGGGCUCCCCUCCUCAGUCAUCAAUGGCUCGCGUAAAUGUGAGUCUUAUGGAUAUCAAUGACAACAGCCCUGUGUUCUACCCUGUCCAAUAUUUUGCUCAUAUUCAGGAGAAUGAGCCUGGAGGUAGCUAUAUCACCACAGUGUCUGCCACUGACCCAGACUUGGGUCCCAAUGGAACUGUCAAAUAUAGUAUAUCAGCUGGGGACAGGUCUCGGUUUCAGGUCAAUGCUCAGAGUGGGGUUAUUUCUACAAGAAUGGCCCUAGACAGAGAAGAAAAAACAGCUUACCAGUUGCAAAUAGUGGCUACUGAUGGUGGCAAUUUGCAAUCUCCCAACCAGGCAAUAGUAACCAUCACUGUUCUGGACACUCAAGACAACCCACCUGUAUUCAGCCAGGCUGCCUACAGCUUCGUGGUUUUUGAGAAUGUGGCUCUGGGAUAUCAUGUGGGUAGUGUGUCUGCAUCCACCAUGGAUCUCAAUUCCAACAUCAGUUAUCUCAUUACUACUGGGGAUCAGAAAGGUAUGUUUGCUAUCAACCAGGUCACUGGGCAGCUUACCACAGCAAGUGUGAUUGACAGAGAAGAGCAAUCCUUUUAUCAGCUGAAAGUGGUGGCCAGUGGGGGCACAGUGACUGGAGAUACUGUGGUUAAUAUAACAGUUAAGGAUUUGAAUGACAACUCUCCCCAUUUCCUUCAAGCAGUAGAGAGUGUAAAUGUGGUAGAGAAUUGGCAGGCAGGUCAUAGCAUUUUCCAAGCCAAAGCGGUGGACCCUGACGAGGGUGUCAAUGGCAUGGUACUCUAUAGUCUGAAGCAAAAUCCCAAGAACUUGUUUGCUAUCAAUGAAAAGAAUGGUAACAUUAGUUUGUUAGGACCGUUGGAUGUUCAUGCUGGCUCCUACCAAAUAGAGAUCUUGGCAUCUGAUAUGGGUGUUCCACAGCUCUCCUCUAGUGUUAUCUUAACAGUUUAUGUCCAUGAUGUAAAUGACAAUUCACCAGUGUUUGACCAACUUUCUUAUGAGGUCACCAUUUCUGAGUCAGAACCUGUGAAUUCUCGAUUCUUUAAAGUACAAGCUUCUGAUAAGGAUUCAGGAGCAAAUGGUGAAAUUGCCUACACCAUUGCUGAAGGAAAUACAGGGGAUGCUUUUGGCAUAUUCCCAGAUGGUCAAUUGUAUAUAAAAAGUGAACUGGACCGUGAACUUCAAGACAGAUAUGUUUUAUUGGUUGUUGCUUUUGACAGAGCAGUGGAACCCCUUAGUGCUACUGUGAAUGUUACUGUAAUUUUAGAAGAUGUAAAUGAUAACAGACCUCUUUUUAACAGCACCAAUUACACAUUUUACUUUGAAGAGGAGCAGAAAGCUGGGUCAUUUGUGGGCAAAGUAAGUGCUGUAGAUAAAGACUUUGGGCCAAAUGGAGAAGUAAGGUAUUCUUUUGAAAUGGUGCAGCCAGAUUUUGAGUUGCAUGCUAUCACUGGGGAAAUUACAAAUACUCAUCAGUUUGACAGGGAGUCUCUUAUGAGGCGGAGAGGAACUGCAGUGUUUAGCUUUACAGUCAUAGCAACAGAUCAGGGGCUCCCUCAGCCUCUCAAGGAUCAGGCCACUGUACAUGUUUACAUGAAGGAUAUAAAUGAUAAUGCUCCCAGAUUUUUAAAAGACUUUUACCAAGCUACAAUAUCAGAAUCAGCAGCCAACCUGACACAAGUGUUAAGAGUAUCUGCCUCAGAUGUUGAUGAAGGUAAUAAUGGACUUAUUCAUUAUUCUAUAAUAAAAGGAAAUGAAGAAAGACAGUUUGCUAUAGACAGUUCCUCUGGUCAGGUAGCACUAAUUGGCAAAUUAGACUAUGAAGCAACACCUGCCUAUUCCCUUGUAAUUCAAGCAGUGGAUUCAGGGACAGUUUCCCUCAAUUCAACUUGUACCUUAAAUAUUGACAUUUUAGAUGAAAAUGAUAAUACCCCUUCUUUCCCUAAAUCAACACUCUUUGUUGAUGUUUUGGAAAACAUGAGAAUUGGUGAACUCGUGUCCUCUGUUACUGCAACUGAUUCUGAUUCAGGCGACAAUGCUGAUUUACAUUACAGUAUUACUGGGACUAACAACCAUGGGACUUUUAGCAUUAGCCCAAACACUGGGAGUAUUUUUCUUGCCAAAAAAUUGGACUUUGAAACACAGUCUUUGUAUAAACUAAAUAUAACAGCAAAAGACCAAGGAAGGCCUCCUCGUUCAUCUACAAUGUCAGUGGUUAUUCACGUGAGGGACUUUAAUGACAAUCCUCCUAGCUUUCCUCCUGGAGAUAUUUUCAAGUCUAUCGUUGAGAACAUUCCCAUUGGUACAUCUGUCGUUUCGGUGACUGCACACGACCCUGAUGCAGAUAUUAAUGGGCAACUGUCCUAUGCGAUCAUUCAACAGAUGCCAAGAGGCAACCACUUUGGCAUAGAUGAAGUCAAAGGGACUAUAUAUACUAAUGCUGAAAUAGAUCGGGAAUUUGCUAAUCUCUUUGAGUUAACUGUAAAAGCCAAUGAUCAAGCUGUGCCCAUAGAAACUAGACGGUAUGCUUUGAAAAAUGUGACCAUUUUGGUUACAGACCUCAAUGACAAUGUCCCAAUGUUUAUAUCACAAAACGCUCUUGCUGCAGACCCUUCAGCUGUGAUUGGUUCUGUUCUGACAACGAUUAUGGCUGCUGACCCAGAUGAAGGUGCUAAUGGAGAGGUGGAGUAUGAGAUCAUCAAUGGGGACACAGACACCUUCAUUGUGGAUCGUUACAGUGGAGACUUGAGAGUAGCUUCAGCACUGGUGCCUUCACAGUUGAUCUACAACCUUAUAGUUUCAGCCACAGACCUUGGCCCUGAAAGGAGGAAAUCGACCACUGAAUUGACAGUCAUUCUUCAGGGCCUUGAUGGACCUGUUUUUACUCAACCCAAAUAUAUAACUAUUUUGAAGGAAGGGGAACCCAUUGGCACCAAUGUAAUAUCAAUAGAAGCAGCUAGCCCCAGAGGGUCUGAAGCCCCGGUGGAGUAUUAUAUUGUUUCAGUUCGCUGUGAAGAAAAAACCGUUGGCCGCCUCUUUACCAUUGGACGACACACUGGCAUAAUUCAGACUGCAGCCAUUCUGGAUCGGGAGCAAGGAGCAUGUCUUUACCUGGUGGAUGUUUAUGCCAUAGAAAAAUCAACUGCUUUUCCCAGAACACAGAAAGCAGAGGUAGAAAUAACACUUCAGGAUAUCAAUGACAAUCCACCUGUAUUUCCAACGGACAUGCUGGAUCUCACUGUAGAGGAGAACAUUGGAGAUGGCUCUAAGAUUAUGCAACUGACAGCUAUGGAUGCUGACGAGGGUGCAAAUGCUCUUGUGACAUACACUAUCAUUAGUGGAGCUGAUGAUAGUUUCCGCAUUGACCCUGAAUCUGGAGAUUUGAUAGCAACCAGGCGGUUGGACAGAGAACGCCGUUCCAAAUAUUCAUUGCUGGUUCGUGCUGAUGAUGGUCUUCAGUCCUCGGACAUGAGAAUUAAUAUCACUGUCAGUGAUGUGAAUGACCACACACCCAAGUUCUCCAGACCUGUGUACUCUUUUGACAUCCCAGAAGACACAAUCCCUGGUUCUUUGGUAGCAGCUAUUUUAGCUACAGAUGAUGACUCUGGUGUGAAUGGAGAAAUUACAUAUAUUGUGAAUGAAGAUGAUGAAGAUGGCAUCUUUUUCUUGAAUCCAGUUACUGGAGUCUUUAAUUUGACUCGAGUAUUAGAUUUUGAAGCUCAGCAAUAUUAUAUCCUCACUGUUCGAGCUGAAGACGGUGGGGGACAAUUUACUACAAUCAGAGUUUAUUUCAAUAUUCUAGAUGUAAAUGAUAAUCCACCUAUUUUCAGCUUGAAUUCAUAUAGCACAUCUUUAAUGGAGAAUCUACCUCUAGGAUCUACUGUUCUUGUGUUUAAUGUUACUGAUGCAGAUGAUGGCAUCAACUCUCAAUUGGCUUAUAGCAUUGCUUCAGGUGAUAGCCUCGGACAGUUUACAGUUGACAAGAAUGGCGUACUUAAAGUUCUAAAAGCCCUGGAUCGGGAAAGUCAGUCCUUCUACAACUUGGUUGUUCAGGUGCAUGACCUACCACAGCUUGCAGCCUCCAGAUUCACGAGCACUGCUCAAGUCUCCAUUAUUUUGUUGGAUGUAAAUGAUAACCCACCAGCAUUUCUUUCCCCUAAGUUGACAUACAUUCCAGAAAACACACCUAUUGAUACUGUUGUUUUCAAAGCCCAAGCAACUGACCCAGAUAGUGGCCCAAACAGCUACAUUGAGUACACCCUGCUGAACCCUUUGGGAAACAAGUUCAGUAUUGGAACCAUUGACGGUGAAGUGAGGCUCACUGGAGAACUGGACAGAGAAGAGGUUUCUAAUUAUACUCUGACAGUGGUGGCUACAGACAAAGGGCAACCGUCUCUCUCUUCAUCUACAGAAGUCGUGGUUAUGGUACUUGACAUCAAUGAUAACAACCCCAUUUUUGCACAAGCUUUGUAUAAGGUGGAGAUAAAUGAAAACACACUUACUGGAACAGAUAUAAUACAAGUCUUUGCAGCAGAUGGAGAUGAAGGUACAAAUGGACAGGUUCGCUAUGGCAUUGUUGAUGGUAAUGCCAAUCAGGAAUUUCGAAUCGACUCUGUCACAGGAGCCAUCACUGUGGCUAAGCCUUUGGAUAGAGAGAAGACCCCUACUUACCUUUUAACUGUUCAGGCAACAGAUCGGGGCAGCACCCCCCGAACUGAUACCUCUACCGUGAGCAUUGUUCUACUGGAUAUUAACGAUUUUGUUCCUAUAUUUGAGCUAUCUCCAUAUUCUGUAAACGUCCCUGAGAAUUUAGAGACACUACCCAGAACAAUACUUCAGGUGGUGGCAAGAGAUGAUGAUCAAGGAUCUAACAGCAAACUCUCAUACGUUCUUUUUGGUGGUAAUGAAGACAAUGCUUUUACUCUCUCGGCCAGUGGAGAACUUAAAGUAACACAGAGUCUGGACAGGGAAACCAAGGAGCAUUUUGUCUUAAUGAUCACAGCUACAGAUUCAGAAUGCAUCCGUGUCCUUUAUAGGAUCAUUGGCGGAAACUCUCAGUUCACCAUCAACCCAUCCACGGGACAAAUCAUCACCAGUGCGUUGUUAGACAGAGAAACAAAAGAUAACUAUACUUUAGUAGUGGUCUCCAGUGAUGCAGGGUCGCCGAAGCCUCUUUCUAGUUCCACGAGUGUGCUCGUCACCGUGACGGAUGUCAAUGACAAUCCACCACGAUUUCAGCAUCACCCAUAUGUCACCCACAUCCCGUCUCCUACUCUUCCAGGUUCCUUUGUCUUUGCGGUUACAGUCACAGAUGCUGACAUUGGACCAAAUUCUGAACUGCAUUAUUCUCUUUCGGGUAGACACUCGGAAAAAUUUCACAUUGACCCACUGAGGGGAGCUAUUAUGGCAGCUGGACCACUAAAUGGAGCUUCAGAAGUGACAUUUUCUGUACAUGUUAAGGAUGGUGGCUCAUUUCCAAAGACAGAUUCUACAACAGUGACUGUUAGAUUUGUGAACAAGGCUGAUUUCCCUAAAGUCAGAGCCAAAGAACAAACAUUCAUGUUUCCUGAAAACCAACCAGUAGGCUCUCUUGUCACCACCAUUACAGGGUCCUCCUUGAGAGGAGAACCUUUAUCCUAUUACAUUGCAAGUGGGAAUCUUGGCAAUACUUUCCAAAUUGAUCAGUUAACAGGGCAGGUGUCUAUUAGUCAACCUCUGGACUUUGAAAAGAUACAAAAAUAUAUUGUGUGGAUAGAGGCCAGAGACGGAGGUUUUCCUCCUUUCUCCUCUUAUGAAAAACUUGAUAUAACUGUAUUAGAUGUCAAUGAUAAUCCCCCCAUUUUUAAGGAAGAUCCAUUUAUAUCUGAAAUAUUGGAAAACCUCUCUCCUCGAAAAAUACUUACUGUUUCGGCAAUGGACAAGGACAGUGGACCCAACGGACAACUAGAUUAUGAAAUCGUUAAUGGCAACAAAGAAAAUAGCUUCAGUAUCAAUCAUGCUACUGGUGAAAUUAGAAGCAUUCGACCUUUAGACAGGGAAAAAGUAUCUCAUUAUGUGCUCACCAUAAAAUCUUCAGACAAAGGUUCCCCUUCUCAAAGUACCUCAGUAAAAGUCAUCAUUAACAUUUUAGAUGAAAAUGAUAAUGCCCCUAGGUUUUCUCAGAUAUUUAGUGCCCAUGUUCCUGAGAAUUCCCCCUUAGGAUACACAGUUACACGUGUCACAACUUCUGAUGAAGACAUUGGUAUUAAUGCAAUCAGUAGAUAUUCUAUAAUGGACACAAGUCUUCCAUUUACAAUUAAUCCCAGCACAGGGGAUAUUGUCAUUAGCAGACCUUUAAAUAGGGAAGAUACGGAACGUUACAGAAUCCGAGUUUCUGCACAUGAUUCUGGUUGGACUGUAAGUACAGAUGUCACAAUAUUUGUGACAGAUGUGAAUGACAAUGCUCCAAGAUUUAGCAGACCCUCCUAUUAUUUAGAUUGCCCUGAACUUACUGAGAUUGGCUCCAAAGUGACUCAGGUAUCUGCAACAGAUCCUGAUGAGGGAUCAAAUGGACAAGUGUUUUAUUUUAUAAAAUCUCAGUCAGAGUAUUUCCGGAUUAAUGCCACCACUGGAGAGAUUUUCAAUAAACAGAUCUUAAAAUACCAAAAUGUCAGUGGCUUCAGUAAUGUGAACAUCAACAGGCAUAGUUUUAUAGUGACAUCUUCGGAUCGAGGUAACCCUUCCUUACUUAGUGAGACGACAGUUACCAUCAACAUAGUGGACAGUAAUGACAAUGCCCCUCAGUUUCUUAAAAUUAAAUAUUUCACUCCGGUCACCAAAAAUGUAAAAGUUGGUACAAAGUUAAUCAAAGUUACUGCGGUAGAUGACAAAGAUUUUGGACUGAAUUCUGAAGUGGAAUAUUUCAUUUCUAAUGAAAAUCAUUUAGGAAAAUUUAAGUUGGACAAUGAUACAGGAUGGAUUUCAGUGGCAUCUUCUCUGAUUUCCGACUUAAAUCAAGACUUUCUGAUCACGGUCACUGCAAUGGAUAAAGGAAACCCCCCACUUUCUUCCGAAGCAACUGUUCAGAUAACUGUCACUGAGGAAAACUACCACACACCUGAAUUCUCUCAAAGCCACAUGAGUGCAACUAUCCCUGAGAGCCACAGUAUCGGUGCCAUUGUCAGAACUGUUUCUGCCAGAGAUAGAGACGCAGCUAUGAAUGGCUUGAUUAGGUACAGCAUCUCUUCAGGAAAUGAAGAAGGCAUUUUUGCAAUCAAUUCCUCCACAGGUAUAUUAACACUAGCCAAAGCUCUCGAUUAUGAGCUAUGCCAGAAACACGAAAUGACGAUUAGUGCUGUAGAUGGAGGAUGGGUUGCAAGAACCGGUUACUGCAGUGUGACUGUAAAUGUGAUUGAUGUGAAUGACAAUUCUCCAAUAUUCCCCUCUGAUGAAUAUUUCCCUACUGUUUUGGAAAACGCCCCGAGUGGAACAACCGUUAUCCACCUAAAUGCAACAGAUGCUGACUCUGGGACAAAUGCUGUGAUUGCAUACACUGUACAGUCCUCUGACAGUGACCUCUUUGUCAUUGACCCUAACACAGGAGUCAUAACCACUCAAGGCUUCCUGGAUUUUGAAACCAAGCAGAGCUACCAUCUUACUGUGAAAGCCUUCAAUGUCCCCCAUGAAGAAAGGUGUAGCUUUGCCACUGUUAAUAUACAAUUAAAAGGGACAAAUGAAUACGUGCCUCGUUUUGUUUCCAAACUUUACUAUUUUGAAAUCUCAGAAGCAGCUCCUAAAGGUACUAUUGUUGGAGAAGUGUUUGCCAGUGACCGUGAUUUGGGCAUUGAUGGAGAGGUACACUAUUUGAUUUUUGGUAAUAGUCGAAAGAAGGGUUUCCAGAUCAACAAGAAGACAGGACAAAUUUAUGUCUCUGGAAUUCUUGAUAGAGAAAAAGAAGAAAGGGUGUCUUUGAAGGUAUUGGCCAAGAAUUUUGGCAGCAUUAGGGGUGCAGAUAUAGAUGAGGUCACUGUAAAUGUCACUGUGCUUGAUGCCAAUGACCCACCCAUUUUUAGUCUAAACAUCUACAGCGUUCAGAUCAGCGAAGGGGUCCCAAUAGGAACUCACGUGACCUUUGUCAGUGCCUUUGACUCAGACUCUAUCCCCAGCUGGAGCAGGUUUUCUUACUUCAUUGGAUCAGGGAAUGAAAAUGGUGCCUUUUCUAUUAAUCCACAGACAGGACAGAUCACCGUUACAGCAGAAUUAGACCGAGAAACUCUACCCAUCUAUAAUCUCUCGGUUUUGGCUGUUGAUUCAGGGACCCCCUCAGCUACAGGAAGUGCCACUUUAUUGGUCACCCUGGAAGAUAUAAAUGAUAAUGGGCCAAUGCUGACCGUCAGUGAAGGAGAAGUCAUGGAAAACAAACGCCCGGGAACUCUGGUGAUGACCCUUCAGUCCACUGAUCCUGAUCUCCCUCCAAAUCAAGGUCCCUUUACUUAUUACUUGCUGAGCACGGGUCCUGCCACCAAUUAUUUUAGUCUGAACACGGCUGGAGUUCUGAGCACAACUAGAGAGAUUGACAGAGAGCAGAUUGCAGACUUCUACCUGUCUGUGGUUACUAGGGAUUCUGGUGUUCCUCAAAUGUCUUCCACAGGAACCGUACAUAUCACAGUCAUAGACCAAAAUGACAAUCCUUCACAGUCUCGGACGGUGGAGAUAUUUGUAAAUUAUUAUGGCAACUUGUUUCCUGGUGGGAUUUUAGGCUCUGUGAAGCCACAAGACCCCGAUGUAUUAGACAGCUUCCACUGCUCCCUUACUUCGGGAGUUACAAGCCUCUUCAGUAUUCCAGGGGGUACUUGUGAUCUGAAUUCCCAGCCAAGGUCCACAGAUGGCACAUUUGAUCUGACCGUCCUUAGCAAUGAUGGAGUUCACAGCACAGUCACGAGCAAUAUCCGAGUUUUCUUCGCUGGAUUUUCCAAUGCUACAGUGGACAACAGCAUCUUACUUCGUCUCGGUGUACCAACAGUAAAGGACUUCUUGACUAACCACUACCUUCAUUUUUUACGCAUUGCCAGUUCACAGCUGACAGGCCUAGGGACUGCUGUGCAACUGUAUGGUGCAUAUGAAGAAAACAACAGAACGUUUCUUCUGGCAGCUGUGAAGCGAAGUAAUAAUCAGUACGUGAAUCCCAGUGGUGUAGCCACCUUCUUUGAAAGCAUCAAAGAGAUCCUUCUCCGGCAGAGUGGAGUAAAGGUAGAAUCUGUGGACCACGACUCGUGCAUUCAUGGCCCCUGUCAGAAUGGAGGGAGCUGUAUAAGAAGACUGGCUGUGAGCUCCGUGUUAAAGAGCCGUGAGAGUCUCCCAGUCAUCAUUGUAGCAAACGAACCUCUGCAGCCUUUCUUAUGCAGGUGUCUGCCAGGAUACGCCGGUAGCUGGUGCGAAAUAGACAUAGAUGAAUGCCUUCCCUCCCCUUGCCACAAUGGGGGGACCUGUCACAAUUUAGUGGGAGGAUUUUCAUGCAGCUGCCCAGAUGGCUUCACUGGUAGAGCCUGUGAGAGAGAUAUCAACGAGUGCCUGCCUAGUCCUUGCAAGAAUGGUGCCGUCUGCCAGAAUUUUCCAGGAAGCUUCAACUGUGUUUGCAAAUCUGGAUACACAGGGAAAUUGUGUGAAUCUUCAGUAAAUUACUGUGAAUGCAACCCCUGCUUUAAUGGUGGUUCCUGCCAGAGUGGUGUGGAUUCAUAUUAUUGUCAUUGUCCAUUUGGUGUCUUUGGAAAACACUGCGAGUUGAACAGUUAUGGAUUUGAAGAGUUAUCAUACAUGGAAUUUCCAAGUUUGGACCCCAAUAACAACUAUAUUUAUGUCAAAUUUGCAACAAUCAAAAGUCAUGCUUUAUUGCUUUACAACUAUGACAACCAGACAGGGGACCGGGCUGAGUUUUUGGCCCUCGAAAUUGCCGAAGAAAGGCUAAGGUUCUCUUAUAAUUUAGGCAGUGGUACCUAUAAACUCACCACCAUGAAGAAGGUGUCAGAUGGACAUUUUCACACUGUGAUUGCCCGAAGAGCAGGAAUGGCCACUUCCUUAACUGUGGACUCCUGUUCUGAGAACCAAGAACCAGGAUAUUGUACUGUCAGUAAUGUGGCAGUUUCAGAUGACUGGACUCUUGAUGUUCAGCCAAAUCGAGUCACAGUUGGAGGUAUCAGGUCGCUAGAACCAAUCCUUCAGAGGAGAGGACACGUGGAAAGCCAUGAUUUUGUUGGGUGUAUAAUGGAGUUUGCAGUCAAUGGGAGGCCUCUGGAACCCAGCCAAGCUUUGGCAGCACAAGGCAUACUAGAUCAAUGCCCUAGACUAGAAGGUGCUUGUACUCGCAGCCCCUGCCAACAUGGUGGCACAUGUAUGGACUACUGGUCAUGGCAGCAGUGUCAGUGCAAAGAAGGAUUGACUGGGAAAUACUGUGAAAAAUCUAUUACUCCUGACACUGCCUUAUCCCUAGAGGGCAAAGGGCGCUUGGACUACCACAUGAGUCAGAACGAGAAGCGGGAGUAUUUGUUAAGACAGAGCAUACGAGGCACCACGUUGGAAUCUUUUGGUGUGAACAGUCUGGAAAUAAAAUUCAGGACAAGAAGCGAGAAUGGCAUUUUAAUCCAUAUCCAAGAAAGCAGCAAUUACACUACUGUGAAGAUUAAGAAUGGCAAAGUACAUUUUACAUCAGAUGCAGGAAUUGCUGGAAAAGUGGAGAGAAAUAUACCUGAAGUAUAUGUAGCAGAUGGCCACUGGCAUACUUUCCUAAUUGGGAAAAAUGGAACAGCCACAGUAUUGUCCGUCGACAGAAUAUAUAACAGAGAUAUUAUCCAUCCUACUCAGGAUUUUGGUGGCUUUGAUGUGCUUACUAUAUCUCUUGGAGGAAUUCCACCCCAUCAAGCUCAUCGAGACACUCAAACAGGUUUUGAUGGCUGCAUUGCUUCUGUGCUGUAUGGUGGAGAAAGUCUUCCUUUCAGCGGGAAGCAUAGCUUGGCCUCCAUCUCCAAAACAGAUCCCUCAGUGAAGAUUGGCUGUCGCGGCCCGAACAUUUGUGCCAGCAACCCCUGCUGGGGAGAUUUGCUGUGCAUUAAUCAGUGGUAUGCCUACAAGUGUGUUCCUCCUGGAGACUGUGCCUCCCACCCAUGCCAGAAUGGUGGCAGCUGUGAGCCAGGCCUGCACUCUGGCUUCACCUGUAGCUGCCCAGAGUCGUACACGGGGAGGACCUGUGAGAUGGUGGUGGCCUGUCUUGGGGUCCUCUGUCCUCAGGGGAAGGUAUGCAAAGCUGGAAGUCCUGGGGGCUAUGUUUGUGUUCUGAGUCAAGCCCCCGAAGAGAUCUCCCUGCCGCUGUGGGCCGUGCCUGCCAUCGUGGGCGGCUGUGCGACAGUCCUGGCCUUCCUGGUCCUGAGCCUGAUUCUGUGCAAUCAGUGCAGGGGGAAGAAGGCCAAAAGUCCCAAAGAGGAGAAGAAACCCAAGGAAAAGAAGAAAAAGGGAAGUGAGAACGUUGCUUUUGAUGAUCCAGACAACAUCCCCCCGUAUGGGGAUGACAUGACCGUGAGGAAGCAGCCCGAAGGGAACCCAAAACCAGACAUCAUUGAGAGGGAAAACCCCUACCUGAUCUACGAUGAGACGGAUAUUCCUCACAACUCAGAAACCAUCCCCAGCGCCCCUCUGGCAUCUCCCGAGCAGGAGAUAGAGCACUAUGACAUUGACAACGCCAGCAGCAUCGCUCCUUCGGACGCAGACAUCAUCCAACACUAUAAGCAGUUCCGAAGCCACACCCCGAAAUUUUCUAUCCAGAGGCAUAGUCCCCUAGGCUUUGCGAGGCAAUCCCCCAUGCCCUUGGGAGCAAGCAGUUUGACUUACCAGCCCUCAUACGGUCAAGGUUUAAGAACCAGCUCCCUAAGCCACUCAGCUUGCCCAACUCCCAACCCUCUGUCUCGACACAGUCCAGCCCCUUUCUCCAAGUCCUCCACUUUCUACAGAAACAGCCCCGCGAGGGAAUUGCAUCUUCCUAUAAGGGAUGGGAAUACUUUGGAAAUGCACGGUGACGCCUGCCAACCUGGCAUCUUCAACUAUGCCACAAGGCUGGGCAGGAGAAGCAAGAGUCCUCAGGCCAUGGCAUCGCAUGGAUCUAGACCGGGGAGUCGCCUAAAGCAACCAAUGGGGCAGAUUCCUCUGGAAUCUUCUCCUCCAGUUGGACUCUCGAUUGAAGAGGUGGAGAGGCUAAACACCCCUCGCCCUAGAAACCCAAGUAUCUGCAGUGCAGACCACGGGAGGUCUUCUUCAGAGGACGACUGCAGAAGGCCCCUGUCCAGAACAAGGAAUCCAGCCGAUGGCAUUCCAGCUCCAGAAUCUUCUUCUGAUAGUGACUCCCAUGAGUCUUUCACUUGCUCAGAAAUGGAAUAUGACAGGGAAAAGCCGAUGGUAUACACUUCCAGGAUGCCCAAAUUAUCUCAAGUCAAUGAAUCGGACGCAGAUGAUGAAGAUAAUUACGGAGCCAGACUGAAGCCUCGGAGGUACCAUGGCCGCAGGGCUGAGGGAGGACCCGCGGGCACCCAGGCAGCAGCACCCGGGCCUGCUGACAACACGCUGCCCCUGCAGCUCGGGCAGCAAGCAGGGACUUUCAACUGGGACAACCUUUUGAACUGGGGCCCCGGCUUUGGCCAUUAUGUAGAUGUUUUUAAAGAUUUGGCGUCUCUCCCAGAAAAAGCAGCAGCAAAUGAAGAAGGCAAAGCUGGGACAGCUAAGCCAGUCCCCAAAGAUGGGGAAGCAGAACAGUACGUGUGAAGUUUAUGUACUGGCAUUAUAAAAAUAUAAAAACAAGAAACACUCAAACCAUAUACGGUUGCCGACUAGAUUGGGUCACAUUUGAAAAACAGGCCAGUAUGAACUGGUGUGGUCGAGGGAAACUUUAAAAAAUAAUAACCACAAUGCUGCUGAAACAGACUCAAAACAACUCUUAAUUUAAAUAUGCUUGGUUGAAUUCCUUUUCCUGCAUGCGUUGUGUUUUGUAACUAGCUACUUGGCAUGCAGCAUUUUGCAAAGUUUUUCUUAUUUACCAGUGUUUGAUUUGUGAUUUUAAAAAUUAAUACCUUUAUCAUUGCAGAGAUGAACUUGUACUUUCACAGUGGGGUAAGUGUACUGUUUCCAUUGUAUUGCUAUAAUUCUAUUUUGCAUUGCAAGAUCCAUAAGGUUUAACCAAUCCUCGUGAAGUGUAGUAAAGAACCCCUCCAUCCUUGAAUGGAAGAAAGACUAAGUACAAUUAACAUUUUUCAGAAUUAUAGAUUCCAUGUUUGAUGUUGCUCAGAAAUGCUUGAGUAUUGGAGUAAGUUUUAUGUGACAGUGGGUACUAAAAUUAAGUCAUUUUGUUAAGCACUUUAAAGCUUUCUUAUGAAAUUGUGUUAAAACUUCUGAUCCUUUUUGCAGAUGAUUAUAGUCUCCUGACUUGCAUUAGGCUUCCAUUUGGAACAAAAUGAUUGCAUAUUGUCCCCAGAACACUGCCAUCUUCCUACUGCGAAUAGUGUUCUCAGCAGCACUUCUAAGAGACAUUUUCAAAAGUUAUUUAUUGAAAAAAUAUUCUAUGCUUUUAACGUUUUAAAGAAUUGAUCUAAGGAAAGCCUAUGAUUGGACUCAUUUUUCAACCAUUUAAUGUUUACUCCAAGUACCCAGUUUUUAUAAUUUAUAUAAAGUUCAAUUUCAACACUUAUUUUCUGUCAUUUUGUAGAUCAUUUUUUUUAAUACUGUGUAAAAACUUUUUUUACACCUAAGCUGUGUUUUUGAUACUGAUAUUUUCCUAUGCUGAAUAGUUUUCUUACUUUCGGGGAAAGUAAGAAAAUACUUUUUUUACAUUUGUUACUUAUGUAACAUUCAUAUUUUCCACAUUUUGAUAUUUGUAACAUACUGUAUGCUUUCUACUUGUAAAUGUCAACAAUAGAAUUAAAAUAUUUAUUUAAAAUA